AUUCUGAGUCUCGCUCACACAGCUGGCGCACCUCUGCCAAGCACAGGACACCAGCACCAGCACCAGAGCAAAGAUGCCCAGCAUCUUUGCCUACCAGAGCUCUGAGGUGGAUUGGUGUGAGAGCAAUUUCCAGUACUCGGAGCUGGUGGCUGAGUUCUACAAUACGUUCAGCAAUGUGUUCUUCCUCAUCUUUGGACCUCUCAUAAUGUUCCUCAUGCAUCCUUAUGCCCAGAGACGCACCUGGGCCAUCUACGGAGUCUCGGUCCUCUUCAUGGUCAUAGGUCUGUUCUCGAUGUAUUUCCACAUGACACUCAGCUUGGUGGGGCAGCUGCUAGAUGAGAUCUCCAUCCUGUGGUUGCUGGCCAGUGGCUACAGUGUGUGGUUGCCCCGUUGCUACUUCCCCAAGUUCAUCAAGGGGAGCAGGUACUACUUCAGCUGCCUUGUAAUUACGAGCACUGUGAUCAGCACCUUCUUGACGUUUGUGAAGCCCACGGUCAAUGCAUAUGCCCUGAACAGCAUAGCUGUACACAUUCUCUACAUUGUGCACAAAGAGUACAAGAAGACCAGCAAUGGGGAUCUUCGGCAUCUGAUUGAGAUGUCUGUGAUCUUGUGGGCUGCCGCACUGACUAGCUGGAUCAGCGACCGUGUACUUUGUAGUUUCUGGCAGCGGAUUCACUUCUUCUACCUACAUAGCAUUUGGCAUGUUCUCAUAAGCAUCACCUUCCCUUAUGGCAUUGUGACCAUGGCCCUGGUGGACGCCAAGUAUGAGAUGCCAGGUCAAACCCUCAAAGUCCACUACUGGCCCCGGGACAGUUGGUUCAUUGGGCUACCCUAUGUGGAGAUCCAGGACAAUGACAAGAGCUGCUGAGUUCUGCUGGAGUCUCUGCUCUCCAACCAGCCACUCAGUCUCCUGUGCUCUGAGGAUGGAGGACCAGAACUUCAUCUGGGACACUGUGGUCACUUUUCCUUUCCCUCAUCCACACUCCAUGCCCUGCUCUGUUGCCACAAGAUGGGCUUUCUUGUGGCUCUGAGUACUAGUUUGAUGACUGAGGGUUGGACGCUGCAUGACUGACUUGUGUCCUCCUUCUGCCUGUGGGACCACAGCUUCUCCACACCACUGAUGUGGUGGGUAAAUGGAUGC